GUGGCACAGUUAAACAUGCCCAGGAUCAUAUCACUAGCAAGGGGUGGACACAGUAUUCAAACCCAGCAGGCUGACUCAAAGCCUGCCCUUUCCCCAGCUGUUUUGCCCCUCAGUCAUUUGAGUCUAGUCUUCAGGAUUUUGACAUCUAUCUCUUACCUUCUAUCUGUUAGGAUUGCAUUUGGCUUCAAGAAACAGCCCUACUUCAGCAGCCUAAGCAGAAAGGACUGGAAUGUCACGUGGUAUACCAGCAACCCCGACUUCACCAAGUGCUUUCAGAACACGGUCCUCAUGUGGGUGCCUUGUUUUUACCUCUGGGCCUGUUUCCCCUUCUACUUCCUCUAUCUCUCCCGACAUGACCGGGGCUACAUUCAGAUGACACCUCUCAACAAAACCAAAACUGCCUUGGGAUUUUUGCUGUGGAUCGUCUGCUGGGCAGACCUCUUCUACUCUUUCUGGGAAAGAAGUCGGGGCAUAUUCCUGGCCCCAGUGUUUCUGGUCAGCCCAACACUCUUGGGCGUCACCAUGCUGCUUGCUACCUUUUUAAUUCAGCUGGAGAGGAGGAAGGGAGUUCAGUCUUCAGGGAUCAUGCUCACUUUCUGGCUGGUAGCCCUACUGUGUGCCCUAGCCAUCCUGAGAUCCAAAAUUAUGACAGCCUUAAAAGAGGAUGCCCAGGUGGACCUGUUUCGUGACAUCACUUUCUACGUCUACUUUUCCCUCUUACUCAUUCAGCUCGUCUUGUCCUGUUUCUCAGAUCGCUCACCCCUGUUCUCGGAAACCAUCCACGACCCUAAUCCUUGCCCGGAGUCCAGCGCCUCCUUCCUGUCCAGGAUCACCUUCUGGUGGAUCACAGGGUUGAUUGUGCGGGGCUACCGCCAGCCCCUGGUGGGCAGUGACCUCUGGUCCUUAAACAAGGAGGACACGUCGGAACAAGUCGUGCCUGUUUUGGUAAAGAACUGGAAGAAGGAAUGCGCCAAGACUAGGAAGCAGCCGGUGAAGGUGGUGUACUCCUCCAAGGAUCCUGCCCAGCCAAAAGAGAGUUCCAAGGUGGAUGCGAAUGAGGAGGUGGAGGCUUUGAUUGUCAAGUCCCCACAGAAGGAGUGGAACCCCUCCCUGUUUAAGGUGUUAUACAAGACCUUUGGGCCCUACUUCCUCAUGAGCUUCUUCUUUAAGGCCAUCCACGACCUGAUGAUGUUUUCUGGGCCGCAGAUCUUAAAGUUGCUCAUCAAGUUUGUGAAUGACACGAAGGCCCCAGACUGGCAGGGCUACUUCUACACCGUGCUGCUGUUCGUCACUGCCUGCCUGCAGACCCUUGUGCUGCACCAGUACUUCCACAUCUGCUUCGUCAGUGGCAUGAGGAUCAAGACCGCUGUCAUUGGGGCUGUCUAUCGGAAGGCCCUGGUGAUCACCAAUUCAGCCAGAAAAUCCUCCACGGUCGGGGAGAUUGUCAACCUCAUGUCUGUGGAUGCUCAGAGGUUCAUGGACUUGGCCACGUACAUUAACAUGAUCUGGUCAGCCCCCCUGCAAGUCAUCCUUGCUCUCUACCUCCUGUGGCUGAACCUGGGCCCUUCCGUCCUGGCUGGAGUGGCGGUGAUGGUCCUCAUGGUGCCCGUCAAUGCUGUGAUGGCGAUGAAGACCAAGACGUAUCAGGUGGCCCACAUGAAGAGCAAGGACAAUCGGAUCAAGCUGAUGAAUGAAAUUCUCAAUGGGAUCAAAGUGCUAAAGCUUUAUGCCUGGGAGCUGGCAUUCAAGGACAAGGUGCUGGCCAUCAGGCAGGAGGAGCUGAAGGUGCUGAAGAAGUCUGCCUACCUGUCAGCCGUGGGCACCUUCACCUGGGUCUGCACGCCCUUCCUGGUGGCCCUGUGCACAUUUGCCGUCUACGUGACCAUUGACAAGAACAACAUCCUGGAUGCCCAGACAGCCUUCGUGUCUUUGGCCUUGUUCAACAUCCUCCGGUUUCCCCUGAACAUUCUCCCCAUGGUCAUCAGCAGCAUCGUGCAGGCGAGUGUCUCCCUCAAACGCCUGAGGAUCUUUCUCUCCCAUGAGGAACUGGAACCUGACAGCAUCGAGCGACGUCCUGUCAAAGACGGUGGGGGCACUAACAGCAUCACCGUGAGGAAUGCCACAUUCACCUGGGCCAGGAGCGACCCUCCCACGCUGAAUGGCAUCACCUUCUCCAUCCCAGAAGGUGCCUUGGUGGCCGUGGUGGGCCAGGUGGGCUGCGGAAAGUCGUCCCUGCUCUCAGCCCUCUUGGCCGAGAUGGACAAAGUGGAGGGGCACGUGGCUAUCAAGGGCUCCGUGGCCUAUGUGCCACAGCAGGCCUGGAUUCAGAAUGAUUCUCUCCGAGAAAACAUCCUUUUUGGAUGUCAGCUGGAGGAACCGUAUUACAGGUCCGUGAUACAGGCCUGUGCCCUCCUCCCAGACCUGGAAAUCCUGCCCAGCGGGGAUCGGACAGAGAUUGGCGAGAAGGGCGUGAACCUGUCUGGGGGCCAGAAGCAGCGCGUGAGCCUGGCCCGGGCCGUGUACUCCAAUGCUGACAUUUACCUCUUCGAUGAUCCCCUCUCAGCAGUGGAUGCCCACGUGGGAAAACACAUCUUUGAAAAUGUGAUUGGCCCUAAGGGGAUGCUGAAGAACAAGACGCGGAUCUUGGUCACGCACAGCAUGAGCUACUUGCCGCAGGUGGACAUCAUCAUUGUCAUGAGUGGUGGCAAGAUCUCUGAGAUGGGCUCCUACCAGGAGCUGCUGGCCCGAGACGGCGCCUUCGCUGAGUUCCUGCGUACCUAUGCCAGCACAGAGCAGGAGCAGGACCCAGAGGAGAACGGGGUCACGGGCAUCAGCGGUCCAGGGAAGGAAGCAAAGCAAAUGGAGAAUGGCAUGCUGGUGACGGACAGUGCAGGGAAGCAACUGCAGAGACAGCUCAGCAGCUCCUCCUCCUAUAGCGGGGACAUCAGCAGGCAGCACAACAGCACCGCAGAACUGCAGAAAGCUGGGGCCAAGAAGGAGGAGACCUGGAAGCUGAUGGAGGCUGACAAGGCGCAGACAGGGCAGGUCAAGCUUUCCGUGUACUGGGACUACAUGAAGGCCAUCGGACUCUUCAUCUCCUUUCUCAGCAUCUUCCUUUUCAUGUGUAACCAUGUAUCUGCGCUGGCUUCCAACUAUUGGCUCAGCCUCUGGACUGAUGACCCCAUCGUCAACGGGACCCAGGAGCACACGAAAGUCCGGCUGAGCGUCUAUGGAGCCCUGGGCAUUUCACAAGGGAUCGCCGUGUUUGGCUACUCCAUGGCCGUGUCCAUUGGGGGGAUCUUGGCUUCCCGCUAUCUGCAUGUGGACCUGCUGCACAGCAUCCUGCGAUCACCCAUGAGCUUCUUUGAGCGGACCCCCAGUGGGAACCUGGUGAACCGCUUCUCCAAGGAGCUGGACACAGUGGACUCCAUGAUCCCGGAGGUCAUCAAGAUGUUCAUGGGCUCCCUGUUCAACGUCAUCGGUGCCUGCAUUGUUAUCCUGCUGGCCACGCCCAUCGCCGCAAUCAUCAUCCCGCCCCUCGGCCUCAUCUACUUCUUCGUCCAGAGGUUCUACGUGGCCUCCUCCCGGCAGCUGAAGCGCCUCGAGUCGGUCAGCCGCUCCCCGGUCUAUUCCCAUUUCAACGAGACCUUGCUGGGGGUCAGCGUCAUUCGAGCCUUCGAGGAGCAGGAGCGCUUCAUCCACCAGAGUGACCUGAAGGUGGACGAGAACCAGAAGGCCUAUUACCCCAGCAUCGUGGCCAACAGGUGGCUGGCCGUGCGGCUGGAGUGUGUGGGCAACUGCAUCGUUCUGUUUGCUGCCCUGUUUGCGGUGAUCUCCAGGCACAGCCUCAGUGCUGGCUUGGUGGGCCUCUCAGUGUCUUACUCAUUGCAGGUCACCACAUACUUGAACUGGCUGGUUCGGAUGUCAUCUGAAAUGGAAACCAACAUUGUGGCUGUGGAGAGACUCAAGGAGUAUUCAGAGACUGAGAAGGAGGCGCCCUGGCAAAUCCAGGAGACAGCUCCACCCAGCAGCUGGCCCCAGGUGGGCCGAGUGGAAUUCCGGAACUACUGCCUGCGCUACCGAGAGGACCUGGACUUUGUUCUCAGGCACAUCAAUGUCACCAUCAAUGGGGGAGAAAAGGUCGGCAUCGUGGGGCGGACGGGAGCUGGGAAGUCGUCCCUGACCCUGGGCUUAUUUCGGAUCAACGAGUCUGCCAAAGGAGAGAUCAUCAUCGAUGGCAUCAACAUCGCCAAGAUUGGCCUGCACGACCUCCGCUUCAAGAUCACCAUCAUCCCCCAGGACCCUGUUUUGUUUUCGGGUUCCCUCCGCAUGAACCUGGACCCAUUCAGCCAGUACUCGGACGAAGAAGUCUGGACGUCCCUGGAGCUGGCCCACCUGAAGGACUUCGUGUCGGCCCUUCCUGACAAGCUGGACCACGAGUGUGCAGAAGGCGGGGAGAACCUCAGUGUUGGGCAGCGCCAGCUUGUGUGCCUAGCCCGGGCACUGCUGAGGAAGACAAAGAUCCUUGUGUUGGAUGAGGCCACGGCGGCCGUGGACCUGGAAACGGACGACCUCAUCCAGUCCACCAUCCGGACGCAGUUCGAGGACUGCACCGUCCUCACCAUCGCCCACCGGCUCAACACCAUCAUGGACUACACAAGGGUGAUCGUCUUGGACAAAGGAGAAAUCCAGGAGUAUGGCGCCCCGUCGGACCUCCUGCAGCAGAGAGGUCUUUUCUACAGCAUGGCCAAAGACGCCGGCUUGGUGUGAGCCCCAGAGCUGGCAUAUCUGGUCAGAACUGCAGGGCCUACAUGCCAGCGCCCAGGGAGGAGUCAGUACCCCUGGUAAACCAAGCCUCCCACACUGAAACCAAAACAUAAAAACCAAACCCAGACAACCAAAACAUAUUCAAAGCAGCAGCCACCGCCAUCCGGUCCCCUGCCUGGAACUGGCUGUGAAGACACGGGAGGGACAGAGAUGCCAACCGCCCUUGCCCCUGGUGCCCUGAGACACACACAGCCUCACGCCCCCGGGAAUGCAAGUGGUUUCCUGGUGCUUCCCACGGAGGAGUUUUGGCAGCCAGACUUCUGGAGGAAUUGGUUGUAUAGAAGAUCCUAGUGACCAAAUCCAGCCUACUGCCUCGGAUCUCUCCAGCCGAAGUCUGUGGACUGCAAGUCUUUGAGAUGCUUCUGGCUCCCAUCACCUCUAACAUCCUUGUCUGGGUCCACCAGGAAUGCUUCAUUUCCUUGGGGCUGCAGUUUUGUGGUUGAGGGGACUGGAGAAAAUCAUUCUCUCCCCUUGGCAGUGUCCCAGGGUCGUGGAUGGUCCUCUUGCCAACAUCUGGUCUUCCAGGCACUCAAAAGCUGGGAACCAGCAUCUCAGCGCCAGCUCUACCAGUUCUUGUUUCGGGCCGAGGCAGCCUCUGCACUCCCACGCCUGUCCUCCUGGAAGGGACCUGGUUGGACUAACGGCUAACCUGGACCUGGAACUGUAGGGCCAGGGGAUUGUCUCAGGGCCGACAUUCCACCUGGGGCUCCCCUCCCCACCCACCCCCACUCCAGGCUUUCCCUUGCUUUUUUCUUUUGUUCAACAUUGUAAGAACAAUCAACGCUGUUAUUACUGUUCCCACCAUGAUUGAUGUGGGGUAAAUAUUAAGGAGAUGGCCUCAUGGGAAUUUGACCUUGACUAGAAAUAGAGAUUGAGAGUGAGCAACCAGCUGGGAGGUACUACGCCAGUCCUAGCAGAAAAACGUGUUAGGGGCCUGGCCCAAAGCAAUAUUGGUUGCUUACAGUGUUGAUUGAUUUUGUUCUUUUUUCUUACCGCCUCUUUUCUUUCCCUCUCAUGGUACCUGCUCAUGGUUAUGAAGCUUUCAAAGUAAAGAACACGAAAUACCUCCCAAGUAUUACCAGUGGGUACCAAAAAAAUGUCCCCUUGAGUCUUUUCCUUUUUUUAGGUUUUAAUUCUCUCCCUUGGCAUCCGGUUAGGCCCCCAGUGGGGCAGCAUUGUGGAGAACUUGACAUUUAGUUACUGAUGCUCUUCCAGGACACGAAAAGAACCCAUCUUUGAAUAUCAAUGAUUUUUUUUUUUUUAAGUACUGUUCCGGGGAGAAAAACAGUCUCAAAACUUGAACUUCUUGGGAAGAGAAGUGUUGGGCUGAGAAGUAACAUUCCCAGGAAAUAGUGAGAAGCUUGCCCUGUGUUUGACCGUGUUGGUCUCUGUUCCUGGAAGAAAACGGAGAAGCAGCAUCUUUUAAAGCCUGUUCUUUAAGGUAUCUCGGUUAGAGCCCAAAGUGAAAUCCAGAAAGCAGCCGGAGCUGACGGCUGCCCCAAGACUCAUACUUGCUAAGAAUUACGUCGCCGACUUCAAACCCAGAGAGCAUCUUUCUUUUAGGUGAAAACACAUAUAUUUAUUUUUUGUAAGUUAUACCAUUCUUUCACAUUAGAUAAACCAAGUUUUGGGGGAUCCUUUUGUAAUGACUUACACUGGAAAUGCGAACAUUUGCAGUAAAAAAAAUAUAUAUAUCUAUAUAUUUUA